AUGGAUUCAGGAGAAGGUAAGCCUAGGUGGGUUCAUUACGCUAAUAUUUCUGUAGUUCAAGAAGAUUACAAGGGAACUUCACCAUCUUCAUCUAAAUCACCUUCAGAAGAAAUUCCUAAUGAUGGAGUCAAGUUAUAUGAUCUUACAGGUGACACUAAAUGGUGGUUACACCAUCAACCUAAAGAAAAUCCCACCUCUUUUUGGGAACCAUUAUGGGAAACCAUGGAAAUGGAAGAAAAAUAUACAAAAAUCAAGGAAUUUGAAGCAGAGAAAAUGAUUCAAGAUGAACUGAACAAGGUUGAGCUUUUGGAAGCACUUUGCCAUUCUAAAAAAUGA